ACUACUUUUUGGCUAUCAAAAAACACAUUUUACAAAAAACAACAACAUUUACUCGCUUGUUUAUGUAGUUAUUCACUUUAUUUUCACAAUAAACUAUGCCUUUUAUGAAAGGAGCUGCGCCUGUCAGGCGGACAAAGGCUUAUUUAGAUGCUGGCAAACUAAUUUUUCACGAGCAGAUUAAAGUAUUGACAGUAAAUUAUAAUCUUGAUCAAAAAUCAAGUUCAGGAGCUUAUGAGUUUAUUUUCUGGCAUUUUCCACAGAUCAAGUAUAAAAAUGUGACACUUCAGAUGUUGAAGUUUAAGAAUAUGACACCAACACCGUGUAUACAGAUAUUCUGUGAUAAUGGUAAAAAACAUGUAGUAGAUAUCUAUGGUAGAAGUAGACAGGAAAUUCACGAUCAUUUAUUAGAUGCUUUCUGUAGACCAUACAAACCAGAGAAAACAGUGGCAAGUUUAGGAAGUUUUGGAUACCAUAGUAACCAUUGGUGUGUAUGUGAGAUACCCGGACAAGUACCAUGUCCGGCUUUCCAGACAUUGCCGGAUGACAUGAGAGGAAAGUACAAAGUCAAAAAAUAUCAGGAGGAAAAAGAAGCCCAGGAAAAUUCAUAGCAUUGAUAAGAAACAUUUUUAUAAUUCAUUGCUAAUGACAUUUUAAGUCAGACAUUAACAAAAUUUGUGUUGACAAGUGUUUGAUGAUUUUCUUGGAAUCAAUAUCAUGGGAGAUGGAAGGAAAGAGUUCAUUUGUGGUUUGACUUUUAUGUACAAGUGUUGGUAAACAUUGGUUCGAAGAAUAGAAAUGUAGUGGUUGUUACACCGUCUGUAACUGUGAAGAGUAUAUAGCUUAAGUUGUUGAAAUAUUUUUAGAAAAAUCAUAAAAAAUACAAUCCUA